AUGUCAUUUGACAAUCAAAAAUAAAAAAAGACCCAAGACAAUAAAAUAACAAUGGUUAAUGAAAUGGUUUUUCUAAAUUUAACUGGCCAAUCUCCAAUUAAAGCAGCGCCAUUGUUAAAGAAAUAGAAAAGCAGAAAACUAUACAAGAGAGCUGCAACUAUCAUCGAUGAUGAUGAUUCCUAUAAAGGACCAUUUGAGGAUAGCAGAGUAACAAGAAUGAUCUUUGAGAAGUAUAGAAUGGUUGAACUAACUCGAUUUUGGUUUAUCAUUGCAUGUAUGGUGCUAACGAUCUUAGAAUUAUUCAACAUUCCUUACCAAGACAAUGGAAUUUGA